CCUGCCUGCCUGCCUGACUCUUAAGGUUGCAAAAGCAAGAUUUCAAAAUUAAUCCUACUCUGGAGACCUCGGCCUAGUGUACAAAGUUCCUGGCUGGAAAAAGAAGAACUGUAUCAUUCUUUUGUUGUUGUUCUUCUUCUUCAAACCUUUACCCUUACUCUUGUAUCCCCGCCUUCUCCUUCUGCAGGAAACUUUAUUUCCUAUUUCUGCACACCCAGUUCCUACCUCCAGAUCUGCUCGGUUCUGUUGCUGAGAAGCCUGACACACCAGGACCACUUGGAAGGAGCCAUCCACGGGACGCAGGGAGAUGGGCGACGACAAAGACACGCUGACCCAGCUCGGCCACCGCAUGCUGGCCACAGCUCAUUCUCUGCUGGUGACGAACAUCAAGGGGUACGAGGAGGACACCACCUCCCCUUUCGACUACGGGGAAAGCGAGCCCUGCAAAAAAGUGGACGUGAAACGGAUCUCAGUCUGGCUCCUGCCUCUGCUGUACUCGAUGGUGUUCGCCGUCGGCUUCGUGGGCAACCUGCUGGUCGUCCUCACCCUGAUCAACUGCAAGAAGCUGAAGAGCAUGACUGACAUCUACCUGCUCAACCUGGCCAUCUCCGACCUGCUGCUGCUUCUGACUCUGCCGGUGUGGAUCCACUCUGUCACAAAUGAGUGGGUCUUGGGGGGCGUGAUGUGUAAAGUAAUCACAGGGGUAUAUCAGGUUGGUUAUUUUGGGGGGAUCUUCUUCAUCAUCCUCUUGACCAUUGACAGGUACCUGGCGAUCGUCCACGCCGUGUUUGCUCUAAAAGCCAGGACAGUCACGUUUGGGGUGGCCACGAGUGGGGUCACGUGGGUGGUGGCUGCCUUUGCCUCUCUCCCGGGCAUCAUCUUCACCGAAACCAAACUUGAAGACGGUGCUCAUUUCUGUGGCCCUUACUUCCCAGUGGAAUGGAAGAAUUUCUAUUCAAUCAUGAGGACCAUCUUGGGCCUGGUCCUGCCGCUGCUGGUCAUGGUCGUCUGCUACUCGGGGAUCCUGAAGACCCUGCUCCGUUGUCGGAACGAGAAGAAGAGGCACAAGGCGGUGAGGCUCAUCUUCGUGAUCAUGAUCGGCUACUUCCUUUUCUGGACGCCCUACAACGUCACCCUCAUCCUGGACACCUUCCAGGUGUUCUUCGACGUGAGUAACUGCGAGACCGCCAGCCAGCUGGACAAAGCCAUCCACGUGACGGAGACCCUGGGGAUGACGCACUGCUGCGUCAACCCCAUCAUCUAUGCCUUCGUCGGCGAGAAGUUCAGACGGUACGUCUCCGUGUUCGUGCGAAAGCACAUCGCCAAACACCUCUGCAAACAGUGCCCGAUUUUCUACCGGGAGACAGUGGAUCGCGUGAGUUCAGGAUACACGCCUUCCACGGGGGAGCAGGAAGUCUCAGCCGGUUUGUAAAAAUGAGCAGCCGCUGGCUUGUUAUUUUUAAAGGGACAUGGCAAUCUCUCUAUGAUAGCACGCCUUGAGGGUUUGUUGAAGUAUACAGGUCUGCAAGUCUCUCAAGCAAGUGCCCAGGAACCUUGACAACCUUGACAUUGCAUGCACUGAGACAGACUCACAUCACCCCUUGUACAGCCGACGUGUCCUCGGGGAAUAUUCCAGAACAACCGUGGGCAGGGACUUGGACUCUGCAGCAAGCUCAUCUCAGUGCCGGGACAAUGCCCCAAUCGCCCAUGUUUAGUUCUCCCCCCGCCAGUCUUCACCGUGUCUUCACCCGCUGUCCAACUCUAGCAGUCUCUUUAACCAGGUGCCCGGGGAGACCGCCGUGGGUGGAGGAAGUGAGGGCAUGUGGGGUCGGCCACGCACAGAGAGGAGGGGGCGUGAGCGUGGCGGAGCCUGGAUGAGGCUGAAAGUCAGGGGGUUGCUCAUGCAGCCCAGCAAGGACCGGUCCUUAGCCCCAACUCCCACUGUGAUCCUCUUCUCCAUAAAUUCAUUUUCCAUUUAUUCUGCCUUAUCUAUACUGACCGUGCACCCUACCUUUGCAAUCCAGUAGAUUCCCACUGUUCCCAGUUUCUUCAGCUAAUCUCCCUGUAUAAAAGUAUGUACAAAUGGUUGUUUAUGAAAUAGGCAUAAUCUAUAACGAGAUGAAAAAAAAAAGCCCUUGUUUUGUUUUUCCAGGGAAAGGGGAGGGUUGCAGGUAGCAAUUAGGAGAAAGGGUGGGGACAAUGAGUCCCCCCAUCAGGGGUGCAGGGCUGUAGCAGGAGUGAGAGCAGCCUUGGCUCAGUGGGAUGGGCAUUGUUCCUCAAAGCAAAAGGCUGUGGGUUCGAUUCCCAGUCAGGGCACAUGCCUGGGUUGCGGGCCAGGUCCCUGGCUGGGGGCUUGCAAGGGGCAACAGAUUGAUGUUCCUCUCUCUUUCUCUGUCUCCCUCCUUUCCCCUCUCUCUAAAAAUAAAUAAAUAAAAUCUUUAAUUAAAAAAAAAAAGAGCAAGACCACCCCACCCCAGGCCCCAGGAAUGUUUCCAGAAUCAGCUGAGGGACAGGCCAGGUCUCAGGUCUGAUGGCGUGGCUUCCUUGCUGCCUUCCUGCUGCCCUCGCCUGUGUGUUACCCCAAAGCCUCUGCCACACAGCUCCUGCCCGUAGGAUUAACCGGCUUCCAAGUCCAGCUUGUGGAGGUCUGCGAGGGUGCACCUGGGAGGACGUGAGGGAAACGGUGCCGCAGAACCCCUCAGUGGGCCUGGGAGAGGGAAAGCAACGGUGGGGGGGUGAGGGGGCCCUGGGUGUGUCCUUGGGACAGAGACAGGGCCCGGGCGCUGACAGAGGCCAGCUCUGCGCCUCCCGCCUCAGCCUAAACCAAGCUGACCCCUAACCAAAGCUUUUAGAUCCGGUGGUAAGUGGGAUCUGGUCGACCUCAGUAAGCCCAGACUUCCACCUCGGGUGAGCCGAGUUAAGGAUGUUCCCCAGGACACGUGAGAUCCGAAGCAAGGGAGAAGCACGGGGCUUUUGGUGCUCGGGAGGGGACGUUACUAUGGUUUUCCUGUCCUGCUUCGUGGCCAGACAAGGUUUCGUAAGGAAGCGUGUGUGCUGGGAGCGGAGGAGGGCAUGCUGCACCUUCUGGUGUUUGUCUCAUCCUCACGAAGGCAUUAGGUUUUGUUUUAAUGAUUGUUAUGACUUGGAAAAGGCAUCAGUGCUCUCUGUCUGUGUUUCUUUUUAAACCUGUUAAUAAAAAACUCCUCAUUUCCUCCUCCCCCAGCUCUGGCAACCACCAUUCUACCCUUCCCACCUGUGCGUCUGUCUUAAAUAGCUCCUGUCAGUGGCGUCAGGAUGCGCCGGUCCGCCUGUGACUGACGGACUUUGCUUAGUAGAAUGUCCUCCAGGUUCACCCAUGUGGUCGCAUGUUACAGGAUUUCUUCUUUUCUGAGGCUAAAUAAUACUCCAUCCUAUGUUUAUAUCACGUUCCCUUUAUCCAUUUAUCCACAUGCAUGGUAUCUCAGCUAGACAAGAUGCACGAGUUCUAAACCUCUGCUUUGCCACGUUGUACGUUGUGCCCGUACAUAACAGUACCGUGUUGUUCACUCCAAAACCUGUGUAGUUCUCGUGUUGUGUUCUUACCACAAUAAAA